AUGCUGACGACUAAGCUGUACACGUUGGUGCUGGUGAUGCAGCCGCAGCGCAUCCUGCUGGGCAUGAAAAAGCGCGGCUUCGGGGCCGGCCUCUGGAACGGCUUCGGUGGAAAGGUGCAGCUGGGGGAGACGGUGGAGCAGGCAGCGAAAAGGGAGCUUCAGGAAGAGAGUGGCUUGACCGUGGACACCUUGCAGAAAAUGGGCCAAAUUACCUUUGAAUUUGUAGGCAACUCGGAGCUGAUGGAGGUCCAUAUCUUUCGCGCUGACAAUUUCCACGGAGACCCCACCGAAAGUGACGAAAUGCGUCCUCAGUGGUUUGACGUGGACCAGAUACCUUUCAAGGAGAUGUGGCCGGACGAUAUAUAUUGGUUUCCUCUUCUGCUCCGCAAGAAACAUUUCUUGGGUUAUUUUAAGUUUCAGGGGCAGAAGACUAUCUUAGAAUAUACCCUGAAGGAGGUGGAGAAGAUGCAGGAGGAAACACAAGAAAGAUUUCCUGAUGGAGACAUAAAGGACAUCUCGGCGGGCAAGGAACCACCACCGGCCCUGUAGCAAAACGACUCUUCUGCCGAACUCAUUCAUGGGGAAAAAAAAACACCUCCUCAAAACUACUUGUUCGUGUACAGAAUGUGUUCCGUGAUCAAAGAAUACUAGAUUAUGAGAAAAUAUGGUCAAACCAGAAGAAGAAAUGCCAGGAUAUCCUCAAUAUCAUGAAGAAAAAAGCUUUGAUCGUACACGUUGCAAUAAAUACGUUCCGCGCUAAAAUAAAUGUUCAACCUUUUAAUAGAGUUUUGCAUUUCUCUUACAAAUAGAUCUUUUUUGUAACUUUUGGGGUGGGAAGGCCUGGAGAUGUCAGACUCCGGAAACAUUUAUUAAAGUCUACCAAGUGGAAAUAAAAGACAUUCUGCCAUUUAUAAUAAAGUGCUUCGUUUAAAAACAAUACUUUUUGCAAAGCGGACACUCUUUUACAAAUGUCAAAUUAAAUGCCAGGAUGCUGGGGGAAGCCCACCUACCCCGAAACCAAAACAUGACUUGGAAAAACACAAAAAAGACAAUUUACUUUCCUGAGAAUUUGGCAUUUAGUCCCUUCAGAUGACUUCUUUUGUCAUCUUGCUAAAAAAAAAAAAAAGUUCCAUGAUCCCAAAUGAUCCACUUUAAAUAGAGCUUCCUCAAAAUAAUCUCAAAAUGACCUCCUCUCACCUUGUAGAAAAGAGACAAGCUUUCCUUAUGGCAGUUGGGAUUUUUUUUUUAAAUCCAGCAGAACAAGCUUUUUACAGCUGGUUUGUUUAACUAGGCAUGAACCAAACAACGAUUUCCCCUUUUAUAUAACCUCAGGGCUGGUAGCCCCUGGCCAGCUUACCAAGACUUAAUCAAGCCAGGUUCAUUUUGGUUAAUAAGAUGAUUGUCUAGAGGUUUUUAAAAAAAAUAUAUUGGAAUAAGGCACUGUAUUUAUGUAGUCACCACUUUCGGCCGAGCUUUGGUGGAAAUCUUUCCUUGAUAGGUAUGGCGAGGAACAUUAAUGGACAGGGGAAGGAAUAUGCCCCAUGGAGGGUACAAAGUAAUUUUUAUAGCGGAGUGUCUAUGGAGAUUCUCAGUCAUCCAGGUCUUGGUUGUCCCCAAGGUGCUUUUUCAGGAGGCAACUGGAUUU